AUGUCAUCGUCUAACAACGAUGCCGAGCUGGCCAACCCAGAGAUCAAGCCCCGUAAAUCCUCAUGGAAGGUCAUGCCGGUGCCCGCAGAACGACAAAUAUCACCCGAAUAUGGAGCGGGCUUCAUUAGCAGGUGGACGUUUAGUUGGAUGGGGGAUUUGAUGUCGACUGGUUACCGCCGUCCCCUGAAGAUCAAUGACAUUCCACUCCUCAACCCCAACAGAAGUGUUCAAAAACACAGUGUCACCUUCGAUGCCCAUUUCGCUGAGGCGAAAGCAUCGGCUGAUAUCAAGCACCCUCUUUUCACCGCCCUACACAAGACCUUCGCCCGCGAAUUCUGGAUCGGCGGUCUAUGUCGUUUGUUCGCUGAUCUAUUUACUGUUGGAAAUCCUUACACGCUUCGUUAUUUGAUCGAAUGGGUUCAGAAUAGCUAUUAUGCCCAUCUCCCGGGAAGCACUAUCAGAAAUCCGGAUCUCACGAGAGGAGUCGGGCUGUUAGUCGGCAUUAUCUGCAUGCAGAUAUUACUCAGCUCAUGCCAGAACCACUUCUUAUAUCGUGGAACUAUGGUCGGCGGACAGGUCAGGGCAGUUUUGACCAACAAAAUCCAAGAGAAGAGCAUGAAGAUAUCUGAGCGAGCUAGGGCUGGUGGGUCCGCCCAACCUCUUAUCAAAGACUCCGGGACCACAUUACACGAUGUCGACUUGGAUGAGAAACCCGGCAAGGAAAAGCCUCAAUCUUCUGAAAAGCCCAAAGAUGUCGAUCCCGAAGCCGGUUGGUCUAAUGGUCGCGUUGUUAACCUCGUGUCUAUGGAUGCUCAUCGGAUUGAUUCGGGUAUCAGCAUGAUCCACGUCGUGUGGACCUCACCGCUAAUCAUUUGCGUCUGCAUGGCUCUACUGAUUGUCAAUCUUCGCCAGUCCGCUCUGGCUGGCUUCGGAAUGCUGAUUUUUGCCAUGUUCUUCCUCGUCGUUGCCGUGAAAGCAAUUUUCGCCCGUCGCCAGGUAAUGAACAUGGCCACCGACGUCCGCGUGGGCCUAACGCAAGAAGUCCUCCAGGCGAUUCGACUAGUCAAAUACUUCAGCUGGGAGGAAAGUUUCAUCGAGCGUUUGAUUGAAAUGAGAGCCGACGAGACACGCCAACUGCAAGGAUACAACUUGAUUCUUAACUUUGUGACGUCUCUCGGACAGAGUCUGCCUGUUCUAGCCUGCAUGAUCACUUUCGUGACGUAUGCCUGUAUCACUAAAGGCGGUCUUGAUGUCGCUAUUGUGUUCUCAAGUGUUGCCCUUUUCAGUUCUCUCCUCACACCUACCGCUUUCUUACCCGCCUGUCUUGGUCAUGCCUCCGAUGCAUGGGCCAGUAUGACAAGAAUCGAGGAAUACCUUCUAGCAGAAGAGGUGGAGGAGGUGGAGGUUGACGAAAAAAUGCGAGAUGCGGUGAUAAUCGAAAAAGCUGAAUUUACCUGGGAGAAGGGACUGGCUAACCGAACUGCGGUCCUUGAUGAGGAUGAAGAGGAAGAGGAUGAGAGCCCGCAGGCCGUUCGGAAGUCGCUAGCCGCUUUAAGAGCAAGCAGAAUGUUCCAGGAUGGAGAAAUUAACUCUUACAAUAAUCGAGACUCGCUGUCUGCAUUGCGAGCGAGUCGAAUGUUCCAUGAUGUCGAUUACGACACUAAGGGGUUUGCAUUGCCUACCUUCGACUGGGAAGGAACCUCAAUUGCAGGACCUUCAUCGCGGUGGGACAGACCGGCAUCCUUUAUGCCGACUUCAUAUGGAUUUGAAAGACCCACUUCCUUCCUGAUGCCCUCUUUCUCGCGAGAUAGAUCCAAUACGAACAAUUCACAGGAUAGGCGUCUUUCCGUGGCGAGACCUAGAUCGACGAUAAGACCUAUGUCAAAUUGGUUCCGGCCUGAGUCAACCUUCCGACCUAAAUCGACUAUCCGACCUAUGUCGACUUGGUUCACGCGUCCUGCUUCGACCCUGAAACAUCCACUGGAGCGGGAAGAAGUCGGUAUAGUCCCUGCUCUAAGGUGGGAAGAUGGCGCACAUGCCUCCGAAAAGGGAUCAAAGGGGCGACGCGCAUCAGGUGCCGUCUUGUCGAGCCCGCCUUCCUACGAAGAGUCUUCAUCGUCGAGCACCUUAGCAGACGAAGCUCCUGUCCUAGCUCCGUUUUCAAUCCCCUCUAUCUCCCUGAAUAUCAAACGUGGAGAGCUCUUAGCAGUUAUUGGCGGAAUUGGAAGUGGGAAGUCCUCUCUUUUAUCUGCUCUAGCUGGUGACAUGCGCAAGGUACGUGGAACUCUUAAGUUCCACUCUGAUUGUGCCUAUUGUCCCCAGACAGCAUGGAUCCAGAACGCCACCGUCCGCGAUAACAUCCUCUUUGGUGCUCCCUAUGAUGCUACGUGGUACGACAAAGUAAUCACCGCAUGUCAGCUCCGUCGCGAUCUGCAGAUCCUCUCCAACGGCGAUGCUACAGAGAUUGGAGAGCGAGGUAUCAACGUGAGUGGCGGACAGAAGCAGAGGAUUAGCUUGGCACGAGCCAUGUACUCCAAUGCCGAUAUCCUUUUCCUGGAUGAUCCGCUAAGCGCCGUGGAUCCAUACGUCGGACAAGCUAUCUUCGAGGAGGCAAUUCUCGGAGCCCUUGGAAGCAAGACAAGAAUUCUCGCAACCCAUCAAGCUCACAUCCUCAGUCGUUGUGAUCGGAUUCUGUGGUUAGAUGACGGAAAGGUCAAGGCGCUCGGCAGCUUUGCCAAGCUGAAGAAGAAGUAUCCUGACUUUGCUGCUCUAGUAAAGGAAGCGGAGGGAAAUCGGGAGAAGGCAACGAAAGAAGAUGCAGAGAAGAAAGCCGACAAGCCCGAGGAAGAGAUUACUACAGUCAGAAAGCUUGCUGGAGAUGAUACCAUGCCGGAGCUCAUGCAAACCGAGGACGAUGUUGAUGGUGGCAUCCCUUGGUCUGUCUACAAAUCCUAUCUUGCCUGCUCCCGAAGCCCCAUCGCUAUCACCUUAGCUAUCCCGCUUCUCUGUCUCGCCCAAGGCAGCGCCAUUCUCUGUGGGUUGUGGCUCGCCUGGUGGGCAUCUGACAGGUUUGGGUUCGAAAGAAACACAUAUAUCGCCAUUUAUGUCAGCCUUGGUUUGUGUCAAGCCCUUUGUCUCUAUCUUUUCAGUCUUUGCAUUUCGAUUCUCUGCACCAGCGCCAGCAAUGUUAUGCUCGACAAAGCAACCAUAAAGAUUAUGCGCGCACCAGUUUGGUUCUUCGAUACUACGCCACUUGGCAGAAUUAUGAACCGGUUUUCGAAGGAUGUCUACGUGAUGGAUGACGCUCUGCCAGAAUCGCUGAGACUCUUCUUGGUCGGAACUGCGAUGGUUUUGGGCAUUCUCUCACUUAUCGUGUCUGAGUUCCACUGGUUUGGCAUUGCCCUUAUUCCCUGCACUGCCAUCUUCUUUUUCUCCGCAUUCUACUAUCGCGCCUCUGCGCGUGAGCUCAAGCGCCACGAGUCAGUCCUGCGUGGUGUUGUUCUCGCCCGCUUCACUGAAACACUUUCCGGUGUGAGCACCAUCCGCAGCUAUUCGAUGCAAAAUCAAUUCUCUACAUCGCUGCAGCGCGCAAUCGACGACAUGAACAGUGCCAACUUCUUGACAUCUGCCAAUCAGCGAUGGUUGGGCAUGCGCUUGGAUUUCGUUGGUGUCUUACUAAUCGUUACAGCUGGUGUUUUGGUGGUUACCCAGCGCUCUACCCAGAAUCCGGCAAUUUCUGGUGUUGUGCUAAGUUACUCCCUCGGUGCUGCACAGGUUCUGCAAUUUAUCAUCCGCCAAUGGGCUAAUGUGGAGAAUGCGAUGAAUGCCACGGAACGAAUUCACGCUUACGGACCCGGUGACACUCUCCCUAUUGAGGGUAACAACGGUACUCCGCCUGUGGCUGCUCCCGAAUCCUGGCCGGAACAAGGAGGCAUCACGUUUGGAGAUGUGCACAUGCGUUACCGUGAAGGCCUCCCGGAGGUUCUCCGCGGGUUGAACCUUGCCAUCAAACCGGGUGAGCACGUUGCCAUCGUUGGACGCACAGGUGCCGGAAAGUCAUCCCUCAUUGGAGCUCUGUUCCGGACAUGUGAGCUCUCUGGAGGUUGCAUCACCAUAGACGGUGUCGACAUCUCAACAAUUCCAUUGGAUGACCUACGCUCCCGUCUAUCUAUCCAGCCUCAAGACUCAAUCCUCUUCCGCGGAACCGUCCGCAGUAACCUUGACCCGUUGCAGAGGCACACGGAUGAAGAGCUCUGGCUUGCCCUGCGUGGAGCCUGGUUAGCCGAAACCCUCCAGCUAGACGAUACUGUCGAAGAAGAAGGAACCAACUUCUCCCACGGCCAACGCCAGCAACUCGGUCUAGCACGUCUCCUUGUCCGAAACAGCAAGGUAGUUGUAUGCGACGAGGCAACUUCAAGUGUGGAUCUAGAGACAGACGAAAAGAUCCAGCGCACUAUGGUUGAAGCUUUCAAGGGGAAGACUGUGAUUACGGUAGCCCAUCGUAUUCGAACUAUAAUAAAUUAUGACCGCGUGUGUGUUAUGGACAAGGGAUCAAUCGCGGAGCUGGGAACGCCGAGUGAGCUCUGGGAUCUGGGAGGUGUGUUUAGGGGGAUGUGUGAGACGAGUGGGAUCUCGGAAGAAGAGUUGCAGCGAUUUAUCUGA